AUGACGAGUCCGAUCACGCCAAGCAAUGGCAGUGGCAGGGCUUUGUCGUUAACGCCUGGUGCCACAGUCUUGAAGACUCCUUUAAGUGAAGAGACGAUCUGGAAACGACUUAAAGACGCUGGAUUUGAUGAAGAAUCCGUUAAAAGAAGAGAUAAGGCUGCUCUUAUUGCUUAUAUAGCCAAACUUGAAGCCGAGAUGAUUGACCUUCAAUACUAUAUGGGGCUUCUCGUAUUGGAAAAAAAGGAGUGGACUUCAAAAUAUGAGCAAAUGAAAGCAUCUGCCGAAACAGCUGAUUUAAUGCGUAGGCAUGACCAAGCUGCACACUUAUCUGCUUUAGCUGAGGCAAAGAAACGAGAAGAAAGUUUGAAGAAGGCUUUAGGAGUUGAGAAGGAGUGUAUAUCAAGUAUGGAAAAAGCCUUGCAUGAGAUGCGUACAGAAUCUGCUGAAAUCAAGGUCGCAGCUGACUCUCAGUUGGCUGAAGCACGCAAUAUGGUUCAAGAUGCACAAAAAAAGUUUUUAGAUGCUGAGGCAAAAAUGCAUGCUGCUGAAGCUUUACAAGCUGAAGCUAGCCGGUUUCACCGAGCUGCAGAAAGAAAGCUCCAGGAAGUUGAGGCACGUGAAGCUGAUCUUAGCAGGCGUAUGACUGCUUUCAAAACUGAUUGUGAUGGAAAAGAAAAGGAGAUAGGUCUUGAGAGACAAUCUUUGAGUGAAAGACGGAAGGUUUUGCAGCAGGAACAGGAAAGAUUACUCGAUGGACAAUCUUUGCUGAACCAGAGGGAGGAUUAUGUUGCCAGUAAAUCUCAAGAGCUAAAUCAACUUGAAAAGGACCUGGAAGCCUCAAAAGCAAAUAUUGAGAAGGAACGUAGAGCCCUAAAUGAUGAAAAAUCCAAUCUGGAGCUAACGAUAGCUUCCUUGUCUCAAAGAGAGGAGGCUGUUAUUGAGAGAGAAGCUGUACUAAGCAAGAGAGAGCAAGAGCUACUUGUUUUACAGGAAAAGAUUGCUAGCAAGGAAUCUGUUGAAAUUCAAAAAGCUGUUGCCAAUCAUGAGAAUGUUUUGAGAACAAGGAAUUCAGAAUUUGAAGCAGAGCUGGACCUGAAACGCAAAUUGGUGGAAGAUGAAAUUGAGGCCAAGAGACGGGCUUGGGAAUUGAGGGAGGUUGAUCUUAAACAGAGGGAGGACUUGGUGCUAGAAAAGGAACAUGACUUGGAGAUUCAAUCAAGAGCCUUGGGAGAUAAGGAGAAGGAUGUGACAGACAAGAUCAAUUUUCUUGAUGAUAAAGAAAGAAGUUUGAGUGUCAUAGAGAACGAUAUUGAGUUGAGAAGAGCUCUUCUGCUGCAAGAAAGAGAAGAGAUUAACAAAACAAAGCUAGAUCUUCAGAAGUCUUUGGACUCACUGGAAGACGAAAGAAAACAAGUUGAUUAUGCAAAGGAGAAACUACAGACCUUGACAAGUGAAACAAAUGAGUUAGCAGCUUUAGAGAUGAAUCUGAAAGAAGAAGUUGACACUCUCAGGGCUCAGAAACUAGAACUCAUGACUGAAGAAAACAGACUGAAACUUGAGAAGGCUAAAUUUGAAACUGAGUGGGAGUUGAUUGAUGAGAAAAGAGAAGAGCUAAGGAAGGAAGCUGAACGUGUAGCUGAGGAAAGAGAAGCUGUUUCUAGGUUACUCAAAGAUGAGCGUGAUAGCCUUAGACUAGAAAAGAAAUCAAUACAAGAUCAGCAGAAGCAAGAUGUGGAGUCACUUAAUCGUGAGCGUGAAGAAUUCAUGAAUAAAAUGGAGCAUGAGCGCUCUGAGUGGUUCAACAGAAUUCAGAAGGAACAUGCAGACUUCUUGUUGGGCAUUGAGAUGCAGAAGAGGGAACUGGAGAGCAGUAUUGAAAAAAGGCGUGAAGAGAUAGAAAGCUAUUUAAGUGAUAAAGAGAAAGCCUUUGAGCUAGAAAAGAAAACUGAGCUUCAACAUAUUGCCUCUCUUAGAGAAAAAGCAGAGAAAGAGUUGGAACAAGCUGCUUUAGAAAUGAAGAAACUUGAUGCUGAGAGAAUGGAGAUAAAUGUGGACCGUGAGAGAAGGGAUGGAGAAUGGGCAAUGCUGAAUAAAUCCAUCGAGGAACUUAGGGGUCAGACACAGAAACUAGAGAAACAAAGGCAAUUGUUACAUGGAGAGAGAGAGGAGAUUUCUGUUCAGAUCGAGCAGCUGAAAAAAUUGGAUGAUUUGAAACUUGCCUUGGAUGAUAUGGAACUGGAAGAGAUGCAACAAUCCAAUAUGGACUCUAGCCGGCAGAAAAUUUCUGCAAUAAGGCGUCUGAAGCAACAAGAUAUUGGACAAGAUACUGCUAACAUUCUAGGUGGACUCAACUCUCCUACGCUAAAAACAGAUGUUGCUUCCACCCCAAACUCUGCUCGUUUUUCGUGGAUCAAGCGUUGCACUGAAUUGAUCUUCAAAAAUUCCCCUGAGAGGCCUCUGUCGAAGAGUGAGGAGUCUGGGAUGUCUGGCCAUGAAUAUGCCACUUUGAAAACUGGAAAAUUGGAUUCUUCUAAUGGAUAUUGUGGGCAAAAACACAAGUCAGUAGAAAUUUUUGACAAAAGUCAGCCUAUUAGAUAUGCCUAUGGUGAGCCAAAGGUGAUACUUGAAGUGCCUCCUGAAGGAGAGAUUACAAAGGAAGCAUGUGGUGUUGAAUAUGAUAUCGCAGAACUUGCAAAUGAAAGGAUCACACACCCAAUUUCUGAUCUAGCACUGCAGGCUGGAAGAAAAAGGCGAGUUGACAACUCUUCGUUGGAUGAUUCAGUUGAUUUUCAGCCGGGGAAAAGUCGGAGCAAUAAGAAAAGGAGGCAAAAGGAAAUUGCCAGCGCAAAUUUACCUGAAGAUACUAUUAAUGACAUCGUAACUUCAACCCAGGAAGUUGUUUGUAAGGAUCAGGAUGCAGCUGAAGAUGCAGAUGUACUAAUGAUAGACAAAAUCAUUAAAGUUUCUGAAGUGACUUGUGAAAUAACUGACGACACUUUUGCUAAUCAAGAAAAAACAGUGCGCCUUCAAAAUUCUGAAAAGACAUCCAAACAUAAUACUGGUACAAGCGGGGAGGUUUCAUAA